AUGUGGGCAACUAAAUUUCUGAAUUUUGAACCAACUAAAGCUAAUGAAAAGCGAUUACUGCAAUUACAUAAGUUGGAUGAGUUCAGGUUAGCUACUUAUGAGAAUGCCAGGAUAUACAAGGAGAAGACAAAGAGGUGGCAUGACAAGAAGAUAACUCUAAAGGAGUUUGAGCCGGAACAGCAGAUAUUACUGUACACUUCUCGUCUGAGAUUGUUUCUAGGUAAGCUCAAGUCUCGCUGGUCAGGUCCUUUUGUGGUUAAAAAGGUAUACCCUUAUGGCACAGAUAAAAUUUCACCUAUAGACACUGACAACCCUUUUAAGGUUAAUGGUUGUAGGUUGAAACUAUACUAUGGAGGACAGGUGAAUAAGGAUAAGAUUUCUGUCCCUUUAGCUUCACCUGAGACUUAA